UUGGUGGAUCAUAUUGUCUGUACAAAUCUUGGCACAGUAACAGCUGUCAAUCGCUCGCUCAUAAGAUCGUCCAUUUUGAAGUGGAAGCUUUGCGCUUAAUUUUGAACCCAACGAACGCUCUCCAUCCGCGGCAGGAAUCGUACAAGAAUGGCACAAUUUAAACAGUUUAGCGAUUUAACCAGCAUCUUUUCCAUGGAUGGUGAAAAUGCAAAAGCGCCUGUAUCGCGAUGGCAGCGCAAGCUAAACCUUUCGGCCGCUUCCACAAGCUUCAACAGCAGCGCGUUGGCAAACACGUCCGCCCGGCAAACGCUGUCCGUGUCCAUGACGGGCAAUGCGAACAACACGCUGCAGCUAUCGAUGACGGGCAAUUCGUUGAAAACCCCACGAAAGAAUGGCGUCAAAACGACGGUCGCGUCAUCGACGAAGAAAUCGUCCCAAACACCAAACAAAGGCAACGCCACCGCCAACGGCAACAACGGACAGCCGGGUGGUGGCGAUCGCUUCAUACCAAGCCGUACGACGACAGAUUUCGAUCUCGGGCACUACAUCGUGAAGCAGAGCACCACCGGCAACGAGGAAGAUGCGGAGAACGAGGAGGGCGGUACGGGAGCGGCCACAAAUGCACCGCCCAGUCCGAAGCAGACCGAACGGAUGAAAAGUCUGUCGGAAGCGAUGAGUGGUUGUGAUAUCAGCAAGCAGCGAUUGCUUUCCUUCCGCACGAAGGCACCCGCCCCGCCGGAAGGGCAUGUGAAUCCGCUGAAGGCGAUCUACUCGGUGAAGACACCCAUGUCUGCGAAGGGCGGAAGUCGCUACAUUCCCAACGCACCCGAGCGCAUCCUGGACGCGCCGGAAAUUAUGAACGAUUACUACCUCAACCUGAUGGACUGGAGCAUGGACAACGUGAUUGCGGUGGCGCUUGGCCCUUCGGUAUACCUGUGGAAUGCGGCCACCGGUACGAUCGAGAUGUUGUUCGAAAACGAGGGCAACGAACACACGUGCUCGUUAAGCUGGAUCCACGAGGGACACAUACUGGCGGUGGGCACGAGCGCCGGCACGGUGGAGCUGUGGGACUGCGAAAACAUGAAGCGGCUCCGGGUGAUGAACGGACACUCGGCGCGGGUCGGUGUGCUGGCGUGGAAUUCGUACGUGCUGUGCUCCGGCAGUCGGGACGGCACGAUUAUAAAUCAUGAUGUGAGAACGCGGCAGCACAACAUCGGUGUGCUGCAGGGACACACGCAGGAAGUUUGUGGCCUCAAAUGGUCCCCGGAUGGAAAGUAUCUGGCUAGUGGGGGGAACGAUAAUCUGGUUCACGUGUGGUCGGCAGCGAACGGAUCGCCACACGCCAACGGAGAACCGCUGCACGUGUUCAACCAGCAUCAGGCAGCAAUCCGCGCACUUGCCUGGUGUCCAUGGCAACCGAAUGUACUGGCCAGCGGUGGUGGCACGGCCGAUCGUACGAUCAAGUUCUGGAACGUAGCGAACGGGCACCUGAUGAACUCGGUCGACACCAAAUCGCAGGUUUGCGGGUUACUGUUUUCAAAGCACUACAAAGAACUCAUCUCGGCCCACGGUUACGUGAACAAUCAGCUAACGAUCUGGAAGUAUCCGUCGAUGACGAAGCAGGUCGAUCUGAUGGGACAUACGGGCCGGGUGCUGCAGAUCGCCCUAUCCCCGGACGGUAGCACGGUCAUGAGCGCCGGGGCGGAUGAAACACUGCGCCUGUGGAAUUGUUUCACGCCGGACCCGUUGCUAGCGAAGAAGGAAAAGUCGGGCGUGCGGGAAAAGCCUAGCCUACUGAAGCAAAGCAUGCGAUAGAUCGCAGCUGGAGAAAGAGAAUUGCUCAAUUCCUGGUGAAUGGAACCAAAUGCCAAUGGUUUCUUUGCAAGUGUGCCGCAGUUUGGAAUGCGAAAUGACUGAAAAUUGCGUGUACUAAGACGUAAUGGUAGUGGUAGAUAAUGUUUUGCCGUAUGCUUUUAAUGUGUAUUUUUUUAUUUUGACGAUUGUACUCAAUUGUAGGAUGUGUUUCUUUUUAAGACGGUUCGUUAAUAAACUUGUGAUUAUUUCAAUAA